AAAUUCAUCAAUGGCUACAACUCCAGGAUUUCUCACUGACUGGCCUUGGAAACCACUUGGAAGUUUCAAGUAUGUGGUAUGGGCACCAUGGGUGGUGAAGAGUACAUAUGAUUUCAUCACAUCGGAUGCAAAAGAUAGAGAUUAUGGCCUUAUGUUGAUCUUUCCCUUCAUGUUGUUCCGAAUGCUCAACAAUCAGUUUUGGAUUUCACUCUCUCGUUACAAAACCGCCAAAGGCAAAAACAGAAUUGUUAACAAGACCAUUGAGUUUGACCAAGUCGACCGCGAAAGAGAUUGGGAUGAUCAAAUACUAUUCAACGGGUUAUUGUACUAUAUCGGAUUUUAUUCAUUAGAUGAAUCCAAACAAUUGCCUUUUUGGAGAUUAGAUGGAGUGAUCAUUGUAACUUUGCUACACAUGGGAGUCGUAGAGUUUCUUUAUUAUUGGCUACACAGAGCACUCCACCACCAUUACCUCUACAAUCGCUAUCAUUCUCACCAUCAUUCUUCAAUCGUCACCGAACCAAUAACAUCUGUGAUUCAUCCAUUUGGUGAACACAUUGCCUACUUUACGCUCUUUGCAAUACCAUUGAUGACCGUGACCCUAACCAAGACCGGGUCCAUUGUUGCAUUCGCUGGCUAUGUUACCUACAUUGAUGUGAUGAACAACUUGGGCCAUUGCAACUUUGAGCUAAUCCCCAAAAUAGCCUUCUCAAUCUUCCCCCCUCUCAAAUACCUCAUGUACACCCCUACGUAUCAUUCUUUGCAUCAUACUCAAUUCAGAACCAAUUAUUCCCUUUUCAUGCCAUUCUACGACUAUAUCUAUGAAUCCAUCUACCACAUAAGGCUUGGGUUUGCGUCGGUUGCUUCUAAGCCAUACACAUCUCCCAAAUGGUAUUUGCUCAUGCUAUGGCCUGUCACGAUGGCAUCAAUGCUAAUUACUUGGAUUUAUGGCAAAACCUUCGUAGUUGAAAGAAAUGUUUUUAAAAAUCUCAUAAUGCAAACGUGGGCCAUACCAAAAUACAAGAUACAAUAUUUCAUGGAAUGGCACAGAGAGAGUAUCAAUGAAUUGAUUGAAAAUGCGAUACUAGAAGCCGACGGAAAAGGGGCCAAAGUUGUAACUCUAGGUCUACUCAAUCAGGCGGAGGAGUUGAAUGGAAGCGGGGAGCUAUUCAUAAGGAGAAAUCCGAAACUAAAAGUGAAGCUGGUGGAUGGUAGUAGCCUAGCAGUUGCUGUGGUUCUCAAUAGCAUACCCAAAGGCACCACUCAAGUCGUUAUUAGGGGCAACUUCAAUAAGGUUGCUUAUUCCCUUGCCUUAGCUCUAUGCCACAAGGGUAUUCAGGUUUCAAUAUCUCGAUCACACAACUAUCAACGGCUUAAAUCAGAGCUUGAAUUGUCCGGUGAUCAAGAUAAAUUGAUUACUUCGAGAAGUUGGUCACAAAAAGUGUGGUUGGUGGGAGAUGGGCUAAGCAAAGAAGAAGAGUUAAAGGCAUCAAAGGGAACCCUAAUCAUCCCUUACUCUCAAUUCCCUCCAAAGAGAGUGAACAAAGAUUGUUUUUAUUAUACUACCCCUGCCAUGUUGACUCCCAAACAUCUUGAGAAUGUUGACUCUUGUGAGAAUUGGUUGCCAAGAAGGGUGAUGAGUGCAUGGAGAAUAGCUGGAAUAUUACAUGGCUUAGAAGGAUGGAAUGUGAAUGAAUGUGGGAAUGAGAUGUUCAACAUUGAUAAAAUUUGGCAAGCAAGUCUUCUACAUGGCUUUACUCCUCUGACCACAUCAUUUAAUUAAAACUUGGAACCUAUCAGUUUGAUGUUUUGAGGGUAUAAAUUUAAAGCUACUCUUAUCUUUGUUAAACAUAUAUACUGUCGUUGAUAAUAUGUACUCCGG